AUGAAGAUCCAAGGGAUCUCCUCGUGCCAGCCAGGGCCUUCCGGCAGCUUCCCUCGCUCUGGAUCGGGCUCCCCAUCUCCCGAGCACCUCCUUGCCGCGUCGCGCCGGCCGGCCGCCGAUGACCCGAGACCAGGCGCCCUGUGCCCGCGACCCUCGCCUGAGCCGGCGACCUCCAGCAGCAACAACCUCGCCAGAGAUGGGUUCCCCGCCCUGCUCUGCCGGAGUCGCCAGUGCCUCGUCUGCCUCCCCUACAUCACGCCCCGUCGCCGGGAGCUCGUCCCCAAGUCCCGCCAGCGCCGCCUCGCCAAGUCGUCGCCGUCCCCACCUCCGGUGCCCAAGCUGCGUCGUCGCCUGCCGCAGUCCCUAUCGCCGUCGUCUUCAACUGUUCCUGAGGAGGACGACGCCCUCCUGUCCGUCUCGAGCGCCAAGUCCCUCGCCUCGCUGCCUCGUCGCCGCAGCAAAAGCAGCAGUUCGCCAAGUCCCGGCAACCGCUCCACCUCUGCGCGCCCGUCGCCUCCUCCACCGGAUCUCGUCCACUCUGUCGCCCAACCACCGGUCUCCUUCGCUGCAUCGAGCAGCACCAGUUCAGACAGGGGAGGGUGA